AUGAUUAUUCUUGUCUGUUCCAUCGAAGCUCUUUGUUACUCGAUAGAAAUGAUGAUUAUUCUUUCUUCCAUCGAAGCUCUUUGUUACUCGAUAGAAAUGGAUGAUUUUCUUGUCUUCCAUCUAAGCUCUUUGUUACUCGAUAGAAAUGAUGAUUUUCUUGUCUUCCAUCGCUCUUUGUUACUCGAUAGAAAUGAUGAUUAUUCUUGUCUUCAUCGAAAUAUCUUUGUUACUCUGAAAAUGAUGAUUAUUCUUGUCUUCCAUCGAAGUUCUUUGUUACUCGAUAGAAUGAUGAUUCUUCUUGUCUUCCAUCGAAGCUCUUUGUUACUCGGUAGAAAUGAUGAUUUUUCUUGUCUUCCAUCGAAGCUCUUGUUACUCGUUCUGUUACUCGGUAGAAAUGAUGAUUAUUCUUGUCUUCAUCUAAGCUCUUUGUUACUCGAUGAAAUGAUGAUUAUUCUUGUCUUCCAUCAAGUUCUUUUGUUACUCGAUAGAAAUGAUGAUUAUUCUUUCUUCCAUCUAAGCUCUUUGUUACUCGAUGAAAUGAUGAUUAUUCUUGUCUUCAUCGAAGCUCUUUCUCUUUUGUUACUCGGUAGAAAUGAUGAUUAUUCUUGUCUUCCAUCGAAGCUCUUUUGUUACUUGGUAGAAAUGAUGAUUAUUCUUGUCUUCCAUCGAAGCUUUUUGUUACUCGAUAGAAAUGAUGAUUAUUCUUGUCUUCCAUCUAAGCUCUUUUGUUACUCGCUCUUUUUGUUACUCGAUAGAAAUGAUGAUUAUUCUUGUCUUCCAUCGAAAUUUCUUUGUUACUCGGUAGAAAUGAUGAUUAUUCUUGUCUUCCAUCGAAGUUCUUUGUUACUCAUAGAAAAUGAUGAUUGGUUCUUUCUUCCAUCGAAGCUCGAUAGAAAUGAUGAUUAUUCUUGUCUUCCAUCAGGCUCUUUGUUACUUGAUAGAAAUGAUGAUUAUUCUUGUCUUCCAUCUUCUCUUUUGUUACUCGAAAUGAUGAUUAUUCUUGUCUUCGAAGCUCUUGUUAUCCAUCUAAGCUCUUUGUUACUUGGUAGAAAUGAUGAUUAUCUUCCCAUCGAAGUUCUUUGUUACUCGAUAGAAAUGAUGAUUAUUCUUGUCUUCCAUCGAAGCUCUUUGUUACUCGAUAGAAAUGAUGAUUAUUCUUGUCUUCCAUCGAAGCUCUUUUUUGCAGAAAUGUUCUUUCGAAGCUCUUUUUGUUACUCGAUAGAAAAUGAUGAUUAUUCUUGUCUUCCAUCGGAAGCUCUUUUGUUACCGGUAGAAAUGAUGAUUAUUCUUGUCUUCCAUCGAAGCUCUUUGUUACUCGAUAGAAAUGAUGAUUAUUCUUUGUCUUCAUAG